GUUAUAUCGGAAAUAAAUGAAAGUGGCAUUGCUGACCUAUACUAAACGUAUAAAUCUGUGAUUCAUUUCGGGCCUCGGGAGUGCUCGGAAUUUUGCGGGAUGAUAAUGGAGAAAUUAUUGCUGAUCUGCGCGGCUUUACUUUUAGUUCUCAACGGCCGGGUGUUGACUCCAGCAGAAGGAGUGGAAGACGAAGAUGCAAAAAUCUCCGCGAAACGGGAAGCAACAAUGAGCAACAUUAAAGGUCCCGGGAAUGAAAUGCGAGUCCCGCCGACGAAAAUCGCUCCUCCUUCGGGAACCCGAGCCGUGUUUGAUUCUGAAGGUUAUCCAUGUGUAUUGGCUGAAGCCCGAGCCACUUUCCUGAUUACUUUUCCUGCGAAACUGGGCAAAAAGGGGACGAAGCGAGGGACCAAGACGGUUUCUGUGGCAAUUCCUGAGGAUGACGGAAAAGCAGUGAAAACAUCUGGAAUAUGCGAUUCACGGAGUUCGUUGGCGAACAUCACGUACACCUGGGGAAAGGACGAUCAUUUUCAAUUUACUGUCACAUUUGAGAAGGGAAAAGUUGGAAGAAAUGACGUCUGGCGAGUCAAGGAAUUUGCAUUGAAAUACGAUCGAAGUGACGCUGUGUUCAAUGGGACAACUUUUCUUGACGGCGGACAACCAUUGGUGGUGACGGACCCAAAGAAGCUCCAUUUCCAAGUGCCCCAUGAAAUGUCCUUGGCUUGUGAUUCUGACAAGAAAUUCGAUUUAUUCGGAAAAACGAAGGACGACGGAUCUGUUGUCGCCAUUAUCCAUCACAUGAAGUUUCAUCCGUUCCUCGGAAUGUCCGGCACAUUUGGAGAAGUUUACUGGUGUCGACCGGACUUCGAUGAACGUGUGCCGAUAGCAGUUGGGAGUGUGAUGGCUGUCAUGACUGUUGUUACCGUAGCUGGAUACGCGCUUUUCAAGAAAUUCCGACCAAAGAAAGCAGAUUACGACACUAUGGAGUAACCUUGGCACUACAUAUUUGCUCUUUCAGGUUGGGUCACUGUGAAAUGUGCACAAAACUGCGUGGAUGCAGAAAUUGCUGUGAAUGUGCGCCGAAGAAGAGAACAAGAAGCCCAGAAUUUGUACAUAGAAUGGUAUUCAAUGUUGUGCGGUAUUUGUCAAAUAUUUGUUGCGCAUUCGUAUUCUGUGUUCACUCAACAGCGAACUAAGUUACGCAAGAACUGUAAGACUUUAAAUAAUUACAGUAUUGACAAGGCAAUUUUACUUCUGCGCCCACGUUCUCGGAGUCAAAUCCAUGAUAAUGGAAUUUCAAGUACUGUACACUAGAAAAAAGCUUUUUGUUUGAUGCAACGAAUUCCACAAAAUAAAAUUUCCAUCAACUUCUGUCUUCCGAACAGACAAGUCCUUCACAUUUUUGAAACGAAUUACAUACAUUUUCAGAAUGGAGAUAUAAGUUGAAUCAAGACUACAAUAUUUCGAACAACCUUUCGUUUUACUCCACGUUUAUCCUUCUGCUUGCC